AUGGCUGGAAACGAAAUUGUUGAAACAAUUGUGAAAGAAGUAGAUUUUGUUGUGACAAACAAAAUUGUUGAAGAAAGGGUUGAAGAAUCUGAAGAGGUGGAACAGGUUCUUGACCACGAAAAUGUGGUUGUGGUUAAGAAGGAUGAUACCUAUCUUAUAAAAAACUCUCUUUCUAAGAGCCUAGAAGAAGGAGUAACCCAUCAAGUUCCAAGUUCCAAGCAGUUACGAGGGCGGGAGUUCAUAAUGCUUGGAUUCCUAUUCUUGUGGUGUACCUUCAGUUGGGAAGCCAUGUUAUUGGAACAGGUUGUUCAUCAACCCACAAGUCCUAAUCUUGUUCUUGGGAAAGUACAAAAAUGGAAAAAGUAA